ACAUAAACAAACAUGAUGAUUGGAGAAUCAUGGGCUCAAAUUGGUUCAACCAUUGCUGGUUUGAUGUUUACUUUAGCUACUUUACAACAAUUCUUUCCUCACCAACUUAGACUUUCUUUACAACAAUUUGUUUUAGCCUCACUUCAACAAUUCUCUUUGGUCCAAAAAUUAUGUGAUAAAUUGGUUAACCUUUUCUCACCCUAUAUUCACAUCACAUUCCCUGAAUACUCUGGUUAUUGGAGUAAUCAAGCCUUUGACGCCAUUGAAACAUAUGUUGGAGCUUUAUCAACCACUAAAGCUUCAUUGCUCAAAGGUAGUCUUGUACAAAACAGCAAAGCCCUUGUUCUUACAAGGGAUGACAGAAAAGUGUGUGAUGAAUUUAAUGCAGUUCAAGUUUGGUGGGUUUUGGAACCUUCUCCAACAAAUUCUUCUGAGGACAAGUAUUUUCAACUCAUCUUCCAUAGACAACACCGUGAUUUGAUUACUGGGUCAUAUUUGGAUCAUGUUCUUGAACAAGGGAAAGCAAUUCAAGCGAAGAAUAAGCAGAGAAGGCUUUAUACAAACAAUCCUAGUGAGAAUUGGAGUUCUUACAAGAAGAACUUGUGGAGUGACAUUGCCUUUGAGAGCCCUGCAACUUUUCAAACAAUAGCAAUGGAUCCCAACAAAAAAGAAGAAAUCAUCAAUGAUUUGGUGAGUUUUAGUAAAGGAAAAGAGUAUUAUAUGAAGCUUGGGAAGCCAUGGAAAAGAGGGUAUCUCCUUUAUGGCCCACCUGGAACCGGUAAGUCCACUAUGAUUGCUGCCAUGGCUAACUUUUUGAACUAUGAUAUCUAUGAUCUUGAGCUAACUACUGUCAAAAACAACACUGAACUUAGAAAACUGUUGACUGAAACAUCAAGUAAGUCAAUAAUUGUGAUUGAAGACAUUGAUUGUUCUUUAGAUGUAACUGGUGAAAGGAAGAAAGGCGGGCCAAAAUCCAAUGAAAAAGAGACAGAACCUGAAAAUGAAAAAACCAGUAAAGUAACACUUUCAGGGAUAUUGAAUUUCAUUGAUGGGACUUGGUCAGCAUGUGGAACUGGGAGGAUCUUUGUAUUCACUACAAACCAUAUACACAAACUCGAUCCGGCUUUAAUCCGACGAGGGCGGAUGGAUAUGCACAUUGAGCUUUCAUAUUGUAGCUUUGAAGCAUUUAAGAUAUUAGCCAAGAACUAUUUGGAUGUUGAUUCACAUGAUUUGCUUGAAAAGAUUGGGAUUUUGUUGAAGGAAACAGAGAUGACUCCAGCUGAUGUUGCAGAGAAUUUGAUGCCAAAACGUGAGAAGAAAGAUCCAGAUGCUUGUUUAAACAGCCUGAUUCAAGCUCUUGAAGAUGCUAAAGAAAAGGCUAAGUUGAAAGCUGAAAAGGAAAAAAAUAUCAAAAUCAACAAAGGAAAAAACAUGAAAUUUUAUGCUAAAAGAUUGUUGUUCUAGGCUUCAUUUAUGAAGCCCAAUGGUUUAUUUAGUAGUAUAUUAAUGAUUUCUCACUAUGUACAAUUUAGUCCUCUUUCAUCUUGGGUAACCAAAGAAUAUGUUAACUAUGGCUUUUUACCAUUAAGUUAUGUUUAGUAUCUUUCAAAAAACAA